AUAUAAGUUUUCUUUCUCGGUGGCAAUAUUUGACAAGCUAAGCCAAAGUGCAUCUCGGCGUAUCAUUCUGGUGAUCGUCUUCUACUUCUACCUGCUCAUAAUUUUCUAAAUGUCAGUGCUUACUGGCUGCUUCUCUACCCUGUGGAACUGGGCCUCCUAUUACAUUUGCGUCUCAAAGGCUGCCAUACUCAUCUCAGGUUUGGCUUUUGGACAUGGGCUUUUGGACAAUGCAUUUACAAAUUUCUUGAUAUCAUACCUCAAAGACAGAUGGGAGAGGCCAUAUUCUCUUCGAAAAGCUGCAGCCAUUGUGAAUGCUUAUGAAGGCGGAACAAUGUUUGUAGCGAUUUUCUUGGACUAUAUUGCAUAUAAUCAGCAUGUAGGCCACUACAAAGUGAUUAUUUGCACCACUUCAGCCCUGAUCAUGGGACUAGUGGUAUUAUGGCUGUCCACAUGGCUUCUCACUGUCAGCAUGAGCUCUCGAUUGUUUUACCUGGCACUAGGACUAUUAAUACUGGGCAUAGCAGGAAAAUUGGCUGCUUUCAAACCAUUUCUUUACAAUCAGUUUUCUCAGAAAAUGAAGAUGGAUAUCAAUGAGAAAAAAGUUGAGGCUCGUGGUGAUUUUUGGUUGUAUAUCGCAGCGUUUACAGGGGCCGUUGUAUCUACAACUCUUCUAUCAAGUCUUCCUUGGAAAGAAACUUUCAUGAUUUCAGCAAUAGUUAUGGUAUUAGUUUAUGUCUUCUUCUUGUAUGGGAAGAGCUGUUACGACCUUGCGAGUCCCAAGAAAAACAGCACGCUUACAUCACGAGUGAAGCAAGUGACGCAACUCUUAAAAUUACUGCCUGUUUGGACAACGUUCCUUGUCUAUAGUCUGGUGGAGGCAACAGGAAGCACUUUCUUCAUAGAACAAAGCAGCAACUUGAAUGAUCGCAUCGGAAAUGAUUUUAGGAUUCCCAUAAAUUCAUUUGAUAGGAUUCCCAUAAAUUCAUUCGAUUUACUUCAGUCAAUUAUCAGCUUUGUAAUCUCACAACUGUCGGAUUUUCUAAUCCAAAAGUUAGGGAACGAGGACAAACAGCGGCGUGCUAGGCUAGUAAGAAUUGGCCUGGGAAUGUUUAUUUCCUUUCUGAGUUGCAUAGCUGCUUGGCAUGUUGAAGUUUCCAGAUUGAAUCUAAUCAAUCAAUCAGAAAUCUCUGACAACCAAAAUAAGAGUACUUCCAUGAGCAUCUUAUGGCUGGUUCCUCAAUUUGUCUUCUUAGGACUUACCAAAGGACUCGUCGGAGAAGGACUAAAGCAUUUCUUUUAUGAUCAUGUCGAAGUAUCCAUGAAGCAACUUGAAGGUCCAUUCAAUUUAAGUGUACGGGGAGUAGGAAGAUUCCUCAGUGUAAUUUUUAUCCUGGUUUUCAGACAUUGGAUUGGUGAUACCAUAAACACAAGUCGUCUUGAUGAGUACAUGCGGAUGUUAGCAAUGUUAAACUUAUGGACCUUAAUCGUGUACAUCUUUCUGUUGAAUACUUAUGAAUGGAAGAUAGUGCCACCGCAGGAGGAAAGUUCUUGUGUUCAUAUGGAAGAGGGUGGUCCAGCAAGCUUCAUGGAGACUAAAUCUGCCUCCAUAGAACCUUCAGCCCCCUUGGUCUUUGUGGCAGAAUAUUCUCCUCAACACUACUUGAUUGAAUCCCACUCUGCUUCUUGGGAAACGAAAUUGCCUACAGACCAAAUACCUGAAUCUCCUACUCGACGCUUGGUUACGAAAUUCAAGUCUGAAGGGUUAGAACCUGAAACAUCUUCCUUCCACGUGAGGGCUAAAUCCCAGCUGCUUAGUCCUAGAAGAUUGAUAGUCUUAAAGAAAUCAUCGAACAGCCUAUUCUUUCAUCGUGAUGCAAAAGUAGCCUAUCAGCGUUCGCAGAGCUGUCCUACUUCUGUUCCAACAAAACUAAGCAUUCGUUCUUCCAUUCAUGUUUAAAUUUAUUUCCUUUCCUUUCUUUCUUUUUUUUCCCCUUAGAAUGCCCAUUCAUUUAUUUAUUGUCCUUAUUGAUCAAGUUGUCCGCUAUUUAUUCUUUAUUUAUGUAUUUAAUAGCCAAAAUUAACUUUGCAUUCCA